AUGUUGGCUGUCCAGAAUAUGAAAUUUGGUAUCUUCCUUUUGUGGUGGGGAUGGGUUUUGGCCACUGAAAGCAGAGUGCACUGGCCAGGAAGAGAAGUGCACGAGAUGUCUAAGAAAGGCAGUAGGCCUCAAAGACAGAGGCGUGAAGCACAUGAAGACGUCCACAAGCAAGGCAGCCCAAUUCUGAAACGCAGCCCUGACAUCACCAAAUCACCUCUGACAAAGUCAGAACAGCUUCUGAGGAUAGAUGACCACGAUUUCAGCAUGAGGCCUGGCUUUGGAGGUCCAGCCAUUCCUGUUGGUGUGGAUGUGCAGGUAGAGAGCUUGGACAGUAUCUCAGAGGUCGACAUGGACUUUACGAUGACCCUCUACCUGAGGCACUACUGGAAGGACGAGAGGCUGUCUUUUCCGAGCACCAAUAACCUCAGCAUGACAUUUGAUGGUCGGCUAGUGAAGAAGAUCUGGGUCCCUGAUAUGUUUUUCGUGCACUCCAAGCGCUCCUUCAUCCACGACACCACCACGGACAACGUCAUGCUACGGGUCCAGCCCGAUGGCAAGGUGCUCUACAGCCUCAGGGUUACAGUGACUGCAAUGUGCAACAUGGACUUCAGCCGAUUUCCCCUGGACACACAAACGUGCUCACUUGAAAUUGAAAGCUAUGCCUAUACAGAAGAUGACCUCAUGCUGUACUGGAAAAAGGGCAAUGACUCCUUAAAGACAGAUGAGCGGAUCUCACUGUCCCAGUUCCUCAUUCAAGAAUUCCACACCACCACUAAACUAGCCUUCUACAGCAGCACAGGCUGGUACAAUCGGCUGUACAUUAAUUUCACUUUGCGUCGGCACAUCUUCUUUUUCUUGCUCCAAACUUAUUUCCCUGCCACCCUGAUGGUCAUGCUGUCCUGGGUGUCCUUCUGGAUUGACCGUAGAGCAGUACCUGCCAGAGUCCCCUUAGGCAUCACGACGGUGCUGACCAUGUCCACCAUCAUCACGGGCGUGAACGCCUCCAUGCCCCGCGUGUCCUACAUCAAGGCCGUGGACAUCUACCUCUGGGUCAGCUUUGUGUUCGUGUUCCUCUCGGUGCUGGAGUACGCGGCGGUCAACUACCUGACCACGGUGCAGGAGCGGAAGGAACGGAAGUUGAAGCUGCGGGAAAAGCUCCCCUGCACCUGUGGGUUACCGCAGUCGCGUGCUGUGAUGUUGGAUGGCAGCUACAGUGACGGUGAAAUGAAUGACCUGGGCAACUACAUGCCGGAGAAUGGAGAGAAACCCGACAAGAUGAUGGUGCAGCUGACCCUGGCCUCAGAGAGGAGCUCUCCCCAGAGGAAAAGUCCGAGAAGCAGCUACGUGAGCAUGAAGAUCAACACCCAUGCCAUUGAUAAAUACUCCAGGAUCAUUUUUCCGGCAGCAUAUAUUUUAUUCAAUUUAAUAUACUGGUCUAUUUUCUCAUAGAUGCCUGUAAUUCUACAAAUUUCACAUUUUUUCAUGGUAUGUACUAUAGAAAUACCUAUAUGGUGGAAAAAGUUUUAAGAUUAUGGUUUUAAAAAAAUCCCAGUACCACCCAUGUCUUCACUGUCCCUUCUCCAGCUUUCCAAAAUUACAUUGACAAGACAGUUUUGCAUUCAUUAAACAUCUGUUGUAUACAAAGCAUUAUACUAGUUGCUGCAGGAAUAUGACACUAUAGCAGCUGAUGUUAGUUGUUACCCUGGUCUCCCUGAAAAGCACAGUACCAGUGUUGUGGGCACUGUAGUUCAACCUCUUUUAGAUCCCAAUGCUUAUUCACAUGAAUGAUUUCCUUUGAAUGGAUAUCAUCAUAUUCUUUGGACUAGUUGGAAUUGGGAAGCACCUAAGUUCACUUGCAUGGAACCUACAUGCACCUAAAUCCCUACUUUGACAGAAACUCAUGCUUCUGUUUAUAGUCUAUUAUCUAUUUCUUAUGCAUCUCCUUGUGUUUAAUAAAAGGCAAUAAUAUUUAAUAUUAAGUUUAUUUACAAGUUGCAGUUCACAAGAUUUCACCUCUUCCCAAGCUUUGUAGAUUGGUGCAAUAGUUAACAGCUUCUGAUGGAAACAUCUCUGGUAGGGAUAUUUUGAAGAUGAGGAUUAUGCAUGCAUUUUGUCUUUUUUGUCAUGUAGGUAACUAGACUAGAAAACUUGUAUUUAAGUGUUCCCUUUCCAUAAUCACUGCUUCAAGCACCUCUCUACCUUAGGCAGGUUUUUGGUCAAAAUGAAGUUCAUUCUCAGUAACAUGGUAUCUUCACUGAGGAACUUGGGAAGAGACUAAUGUCUCCUCUAUAAACUGCAGUUAAAGAGAAUGCAAAAUUCAGGACUACCUAUAACUCAUCUGAAUGAGAAGUACUCACUUGGUUUCUUAAAGAGAAAAAGAAUACCAAAAAUCAAAAGAAGUGGCAAAACAUCUCUAGACAUCUAUCUGCAUUUCCACUCAACGAAUACCAGCAUUUUCUUUCUUUUUCUUUUUUCGUUUGUAAUAGUAGGGAUUGGACCCAAGGAUGCUCUACCACUGAGCUAUAUCCCAGUCCUUUUAAGAUUUUGUUUUGGGACAGGGUCUCACCAAGUUGCCCAUGCUGGCCUCAAACUUUCCAUCCUCCUGCCUCAACCUCCUGAGUAGCUGGGAUUACAGGUGUGCACCACCACGCCCAGCUAGAAUACCAGCAUUUUCUAAGAACCUCAGAACAGUUGUUUAGAGUAGGCAGCCUCUGUACCAGGCAGAAGGACACCCAGUGGCAACUGAUGUCAGGGCCUGGGAUAAAGGAGAGGG